AUGAAAGAUAUUGGCAAAGGUUUCGGAGAACUCGUCAUGAUAUUCUUUAUCAAUUCACUCAGUAUUCUUGUUAUGGGUUGGCCUAACUAUGUAUUAUUCGAUCCAACAUCAUGGGGAACAAACAGGAUAAGGUUUACCAGAACUGAUGGUGACUGGCUUAUAGCUUCGAUGCCAUUUGCAUUUGCUGCUUGUUUGCUUUAUCUUUGUUUUAGUGACCUUCUCAAAAUGCCUUACGCCCAUCAAGUUUAUAAUAUUUGUUUGGCAAUUUUUGCAAUCAUAGUUGGUAUUUUCAUUUCUUUUUGGUUUUAUUAUGAUACAAAUAUUGUGGGUUAUGGUUCUAUGACAAAUAUUAAAAAACAAAAAAUUCCUUUCAAAUGGUUAUCAUUAUGGAUGUACAAUUUGAAACAUAUGUUGAUGAAAAAUUAUGCUGCGGCUGGACUUUCAUCGGAAGGACAUUGGGCAUCUGCUGCACAUGAACCGUAUCUUAAGAAUUCUUCUAUAUAUACUAUCAAAGCUUUAGCAAAUUCUACUAUUGAAUCAUCAAAAUCAGCAGCUGAAACAUUUGGUAUUGAUAAAUAUUAUGCGUCAUCAGAAGAAUUAGCACAAGAUCCAGACAUUGAUACUGUCGUAGUAUCUGUCAAAGUUCCAUUACACAAACAACUCAUUACACCGGCGGUAUUACAAGGAAAAAAUGCCAUUGUUGAAUGGCCUCUUGCAAGAAAUCUACAGGAAGCAGAAGAACUUACUCAAUUAGCUCGUUCAAAAAACAUAAAAACAAUGGUAGGAUUACAGGCCCGUCAAUCUUCUGUUGUCAAGAAGAUGAAAGAGAUUAUUGAUUCUGGAAAACUUGGAAAGAUUUUAUCUACUCAUUUGUUUGCAUCAGGUUUAGCAUGGGGUGCUUCAAUUAAUGAGGAUAAUGCAUAUCUUGCUGAUAUUGAAAAUGGGGCAACUAUGAUUAGUAUACCUGGUGGACAUUCAUUAGAUGCAAUGUGUUACGUCUUCGGAGAGUUUGAAUCACUUACUGCAACGAUUCAUAAUGCAAGAAAAACUACUGAAAUUCGAGAUGGAAAGGGAAAUACAAUUCGUAGUGUACCGCUUACAUCUCAUGAUCAAAUGAGUGUUAGCGGAGUAUUAACUUCGGGAGCAUACGCAUCUGCUCAUUUUCGUGGUGGAAUACACAAAGGUACGAAUCUUCUAUGGGAAGUGGAAGGUACUCAUGGUGAACUACAAGUAAAAGGUCCAAGUGGACAUAUACAAAUGUCUUUUCCUACACUUCAUGCUAGUUUUGAUGGUGAAGAUAUGACAGAAAUCACAAUCGAAGAUGAACAUGCUACUCAUGUUAAUGUUGGCAGAGCAUACGAAGAAUUUGCAAAACCUGAUGGAGUAUAUCCUACCUGGGAAGAUGCUGUUAUUCGACAUCGAAUGAUAGAAGCUAUUUAUAAAAGCGCACAAACUGGUACGAAACAAACAUAUGAAACGACCUAUUCAGACACAAUAAUCUUCUAA